AUGACACACUCGAGUCCGUCGGCCACGGUGGCAAUCCCUGCUGCCAAUGGCGAGACCACCUGGCAUGGGGCUGGAGCUGCGGAGUUUGACAUGCGCAGUAAGACCCUCCGCUGCGUUUUUGAUGAGACCUCGCUUAAUGAAUUGACUUGGACAGGUGAUACUAUGACCAAGCCCACCCCAGCAAUGCUUAAUGCAAUCUGCCAAACAACACUCCUGGACGAUGUCUUCAACGAAGACCCGACAACGAAUAGCCUUCAAAAGUACGUCGCUGAAAGGACCCAGCACGAAGACGCGCUUCUUGUCAUGUCCGGUACCAUGGGGAAUCAGGUGGCUAUACGCUCCCAUUUAGUUCAACCCCCUUAUGCUGUUUUGUGCGACCACCGAUCUCAUAUUGUCUGCUAUGAAGCCGGCGGUGUCAGCUUGUGGACUGGAGCAACUGUGCAAACCGUAAUUCCUCAGAAUGGCGUUCAUCUUACGCUAGAGGACAUUCAAAAGCAUGCGGUGCUCGAUGACGAUAUUCAUCAUUGUCCCACUAAAUUGAUCAGCUUGGAGAACACCCUCAACGGGCUGAUCAUGCCUCUCGAUGAGGCCCGUCGCAUCACAGAGUGGGCUCAUGCGAAUGAUAUCAAAGUACACUUGGACGGCGCUCGGUUGUGGGAGGCUGUAGUCUCGGGGGCCGGAAGUCUCUCAGAGUAUACUACUCUCUUUGACAGCGUGAGUCUGUGCUUCUCAAAGGGCUUAGGCGCACCCAUCGGCAGCAUCAUUGCUGGAUCACAGCAAUUCAUCAAGAAGGCUCGAUGGUUUAGGAAGUCCAUCGGCGGUGGCGGUCGUCAAACAGGUAUUCUUGCUGCCGCCGCACGUGUCGCCCUUGACGAGACCUUUGGGACGGACGACCACGGCACGACAGGUAUGCUCGCUGCAACACACGUACGAGCCAAGCAGGUGGCAGAGCUGUGGUCAAGCCGUGGAGGCAAGUUGCAAUACCCGGUACAUACCAACAUGGUCUGGCUGGAUUUGCAAGCUUCUGGCGUGGGACCUAAUGAUCUCGCCACCAUCGGUGAGGAGCAAGGUCUGCAAUUGAUGGGUAAUCGGGUUGUGGUUCAUUACCAGGUGUCUGGAGAAGCCAUUUCUCGACUGGAGAAAGUUUUCGAGUUCGCUUUGAAGGGAGACUACCAGCGCAGCAAAGAUACGAGAAAGGCCUACGGAAGUAGUCACUAG